AGAGGCAGACACCACAAAACAAAAACAUGGUCAAUGAUUUGCAUUUGUCGAUUCUCCUCCUUUCUUCCUCUUUCUUCGUUUUCGCUCUCUUAUUCGUUUCUAUCUUGUCUUCUUUCCGAAUCCACGCCGUAGAUCCGUUGUUCCCUUCCCACAGUUUUCACUCAAUCAGAUGCUGAGGUGUUUUCUUUCUCUCUCGUUUCUGUGACCACUGCCUCUGCAUUGCAUUGCUAUUCUACUUUCAUGCCGGUUGCCACACAUGACACGCUAGAAAUUGAUUAGAUUUUGGUGCCAAAAGUUGCUGUUGUCUAUCCAGAUUUCUCUUGAGAGUUGUGUUUAUCUCUAGACAACGGUCUGCGUGACCUGGUAUUUGAGUUGAAUAGAAUCUGCAACAAAAUCUACCUGAUCUUUUCUUAAGGCGAUGGCAUCAGCGGGUGUAGCGCCUGCUUCUGGAUUAAGAGAUGUAAAUGCAAGUUUGGUUGCUGUUGAGAGGUUGCCUGAUGAGAUGAACGGCAUGAAAAUUAGGGAUGAAAGGGAAAUGGAAGAAACCGUGGUAGAUGGAAAUGGGACUGAAACAGGACAUAUAAUUGUCACUACCAUUGGUGGUAAAAAUGGCCAGCCAAAGCAGACAAUAAGCUACAUGGCUGAGCGAAUUGUUGGACAUGGAUCGUUUGGUGUAGUUUUCCAGGCAAAGUGCUUAGAGACAGGGGAAACUGUGGCUAUAAAGAAGGUUCUUCAAGACAAGAGGUACAAGAACCGGGAAUUGCAAACCAUGCGCCUUCUGGACCAUCCUAAUGUUGUAGCUUUGAAGCAUUGUUUCUUUUCAACAACUGAAAAGGAUGAGCUUUAUCUUAAUCUGGUUCUUGAGUAUGUUCCUGAGACUGUCCAUCGAGUUGUCAGACAUUACAACAAAAUGAAUCAAAGAAUGCCACUGAUAUAUGUGAAACUCUAUUUUUACCAGAUAUGUAGAGCACUGGCUUAUAUUCACAACUGUAUUGGAGUGUCUCACAGGGACAUAAAACCUCAAAAUUUACUGGUCAAUCCUCACACUCACCAGCUGAAGCUUUGUGACUUUGGGAGUGCAAAAGUUUUGGUCAAAGGGGAACCAAACAUAUCUUACAUCUGUUCUAGGUACUAUAGAGCUCCUGAGCUUAUAUUUGGUGCAACUGAGUACACCACGGCCAUUGAUAUAUGGUCAGCUGGUUGUGUACUAGGUGAACUAUUGCUUGGCCAGCCUCUCUUUCCUGGCGAGAGUGGAGUAGAUCAGCUUGUUGAAAUUAUCAAGGUUUUAGGCACCCCAACAAGGGAAGAAAUCAAGUGUAUGAAUCCUAAUUACACUGAGUUCAAAUUUCCACAAAUUAAAGCUCAUCCAUGGCAUAAGAUUUUUCACAAACGUUUACCUCCUGAGGCUGUGGAUCUCGUCUCAAGGCUACUGCAAUACUCUCCAAAUCUUCGAUGCACUGCUCUGGAGGCCUUGGUUCAUCCAUUUUUUGACGAACUGCGUGAUCCAAAUACCCGCCUACCAAACGGAAGAUACCUUCCUCCACUCUUCAACUUCAGAGCCAGUGAGCUUAAGGGAGUGCCUCCAGAGAUGCUGGUGAAACUGAUUCCAUCUCAUGCAAGAAAGCAGUGUGCCUUGUUUGGAUCAUAGUGUAGCCUUGUGUAAAUAUAAUCCACUCUGCCUGUAGAAGUGUAUCUAGUCUGUUUCCGGUUGUUAAUAGUUCUUCCCCCCCACCCUUGUUCUGUUAAUUUAUCCCCUCGCCAAAAGAAAAGACCCCUGGAAAGCCGUUUGAGAAGAAGCUUCAACUUGAUUUCUGUUUAGGAUUUAAUUGGUUUUCUCAUCUUCAAAGUUUUAACAGGUUGUAUUAAGUAAUUAGGAGAACCAUUGUAUACUCAACUUGUAUACUUGAACAAUUACGGUGUGAUCCGGGAGGGAUGCAUUAAAAGUUGUUUGUUAUACUCCCGCCUCCCCUUAAUUAUGAGAAACUUUACUUUGGAUGAUUAUCUUGCUUUCAAGGAAUUGUUGUUCAUGUUCCCUUAUUA